AUGUAUGUAGAUUUAUCUGCUUCUUUUCCUCCUAAUUGUAGGGCAUUCCACUACAAUAACCAAACCCAGCUAUGGGUUAAUACUACAUGUGAACUAGACCCAUUUUCAGAUUGGGAUACUGCCUACUCCCAGACUUUAUACGCAUUCGGAACUGACGACUAUUUCGAUUUCAUCAGCUUGGUUGGUAGACAGCUAGCUAUAGAGGUUGUGGAUAUCGGGGGAGUACCAUUAGAAGCAUUAAAAUACAUUAUCAACGAGAGGCUUGGUAACGAAACAAUCCUUAGAAGAGAUCAGGAUGACUCUCGCCCACAAUAUUAUUUCAAUGAAGGUGGUCAGUCACAAUCACUUGGGAGAACGCACAACCAAGGCUGUGAUUGGCAAUCGUUCUUGCCUCGUGCAACCUCCUACAAAUCAGCUGUGAAAGGAAUGAUAUGUGAAAAGCUGGCAGAAAAAACUCACUGGAUCAAAAGUUUGUGGAACAUCUUUAGUUCUGCAAGCUUGGGAGACAGCUUGACUAUGUCAAGGUUAGGUACAGCAUUCAAAGAAUCGGAUGCACAACAUAAAUGUAUUAGCCGAUUCCUUGUUGUUAACAAAAAUAUGAACUCGGUUUCACCGGGAGAAGCAGAUGAACCGGUUAUACUAAUCGGCGUGUUACCACGCAAUAAGUCAGGUGCAAAUUGUGAAACAGCUACUUCUGCUAAAGAAAUCACUAGAAAUAUAGUUUCAGUAUUAAGUGUUGCUGGUCAAAAGUAUAUGGUUGCAUUUUGUAUUACAUUAAGAGGAAAAAACGGUUGGUUUGGAUCUAAUCACUGGUUUGGCCUACUUAAGUUCUUUCCCAUGGUAGAUGACAAUAAUAUCAAUUAUUCAAGAAUAGCAUGCGAAGAGCUGUUAUUAUAG